GAAAAAGUUGUGUUUGUGUGUGUCCUGAAUGGAUUAAAAUGAGGUUUGUGCAUGGAGUCGGACACCUUCCUCCAGACAAAUGGCUCUUGUCAUAUACUGUUCCCAAAGAGAGAGAGAGAGAGCUCUUAUAACCAAACACAACCACAGAGGCAGAAGACAGUCACAUCCUUCUGCUCUCUGCCUGCUCAGUGUCUGGAAUUUAUUUCUAUUUUAAGGUCAGUGUGGUUGCAAACUAAUGUAGUACUACUAGUAAGUUGUAUAUUUAGUUAUAGCUCUGUAUUUGUGUGUAAAUUCAUAAAGAGGAGAUUUUUCCUCAGUUUUGCAUGGCUGCAUGUCAUAUUUUGAGGUUUACAUCUAUAUUGUGACUCAUUUUUAAUUCCUCUGCUUUCUCCUGCAGGGCUUCCAUGAAGGGAGAAACAGUGGAUUGAUUAUUCGUAGCUCCAGUAGGAAAAUGGUUCCAGUUAAACUCCUCAUUCUGGGAGCUCAGAACACUGGAAAAACAGGCAGCUCUCUCUCCAGUGACCAUGUCUGUUUUGUGUCUCCAGCACUGUGUGUUCGUUUCAUAACCAAGCGCUUUAUUGGCGAAUACGACCAUAAAAAGGAGGUGACCUACAGAUGCAGCCGGGCGGUCGACCAGGAAACUGUUGAUCUGGAGAUCUUGGACGUAGCUUGUAAGGAGAGCUCUGUGGCUUCUCUGGAGUCUUCCAUCCGCUGGGCCGAUGGCUUCCUGCUGCUCUACUCCAUCACACAACGCUGCAGCUUCCUGGAGGUCCCACGACUCAAGACACUCAUCGACAAAACCAAACACAGCCUGAUUGUUCCUACAGUGAUGGUAGCCAAUAAAGCAGAUUUGGAAAUUGGCAGGGAGGUGACAACAGAGGAAGGACAGAGACUUGCGAAUGAUUUAAGGUGUGGUUUCAGGGAGUUGUCCGUGGCCGAAGCAGUUUUUGCUGUGGAAGCAGCUGUGUUUCAGCUCAUUAGGCAGGUGUUGGAUCAGCAGCGCCCUCUGCCUGACCGCCGCUCCUACAUGCUGACUGUUCGCCACGCUCUGACCAGGAAACUGACCCGAUCCAAGACCAUGCAGUGGUGACAGGCAAUCCAAACUUUUGACAUUUGUCUGUUUUUAUUUAGAGCUCAUGAUUGAAACUUUAAGCUUUGUCAGUCAGGAUGUGUGGAGAGAAAUGGAAGAAAGAAGAAAUCCUCUGAAGAGUUUUGUUUUUUUGAACUAAAGCUCUGUUAAUGUUCAAGACAUCUAGUGUAUAUGUGGACCGGUUUCAGAGUUUUUAUGCAACACAGAGGAUUUGGCUGUUUCCUGGCUUAAACAUGCAACGUCUGGCUUUCUGGACUCAUGGGUCUCGAGGCCUUGGUUUCAAAAAAUAAUACAGGAAACAUGCACAACAUGACAGUUGUUUUGCAAAGCAGAUAAAGCAGAUGAGCAUUCGAACUUGGAGUAUAUGUGUGCUGCCAAUUCACCUUCACUGAUUUUAUCGCACAUCCCUGCUCAGUCAGGAGUAAUCUGGAAAAGAGGUUAAAGCAGGUUGAAGACGGUACUAGAAGGAGAAAUAAGGGAUCAACAGGUAAAGCUUUAAUACUGGGCUCCUCGCAUCACCUUUAAAAGCAGCAGACAGUUUAAUGGGCUUGGAUGAGAGUCCAAAACAGUCAGAGAAGCUGGAUGGAUAAUAUCAUUUUUAGGUUGAAUUUUUCAUACAUCCUGAAUUUUAUAGAAAGAUAACAAUACUUAGGCAGUUAGACUAGGAACACACUGAAACACAAGUAAAAUAUCAUUCUUUUAUUACUGUCUGUUGCAUAUUUUACAAGCAGUUUAGUAUCAUGAAUGCAUUUUAUUGUGCAUUUGCAGUUUGUCCUGGUUUGUUUGUGUGAUCCAUCCUCCAGUAGAGGGCGGUGCAGCACUUUAUCUGAUGGAGACUUUGGCACAUUAUUUGGCCAGAGGUAUCCAGUUUGACUACACAUGAACUACUUUGUGUGGACCUCAACCUCUUGAUGAGUCUUUGGAGAUCUUUUCCACAAAAUUCUGUGGAAAACCUCCCCAGAAGAGCAGAUUAGUAACAGAGAAAUGCCGCAGUUUUGGAAUGAAGCAAUCAAAAAAUGACAUUUAGGUCCGUCAGCUUCAUUAUCUUCACUCAAGUUCAUUUUAAUAAUGUGAUAUUUUUGUGUGUAAUUCAUACAAGAGGCACUAAAAUUCAUCAGUCUGUGAGCAAAGCGGUUAAAGUUGCCCUUGCAGUUGGAGUGUACAGAUGAUGUAAGAGUGUGUAAAGAAUGAGGCUGGCUUUCAUUUCAGUCUUGGCGUUAAUCGAGUGUGUCUUCACGUUUCUCCUCAUGCAUCUUGCUUUCCUCUGAACUUGUGAACUUUAUGAUCAACGAGAGACAUCUGUAAAAAAAAAAAAAGAAAAAAAGAGACAGGAAAAAGCAAUCCAGUGAGAGACGGAAAAUAAAACGGACUGUAACAGGGAAGGAAAACUCUGGGCUUUUUUUUGGCAUCCUAGACAUCUAUAAGCAGCAAAAAAGAAGAAGAAUAUGAGCUGUUCUGUUGCAGCCACAGCUAUCUGUGAAGACAUUAUAGGAAAUUGGAUGUGUGCUUACUCUCUCUCAUCCCUCCACUCUGACCUCCCCCAUGACCAUUUACCAUAUUCCGCAUCAACUACUCCACCCAGCUACCACCAACCAACCAACCACAGAACUCCAUGGACUUAUAUAUAAACACAGAAGAUGUGAAUGUGCAGACAGUUACAGAUUUCGGCUCUAGAUUUUCUUUAUAUCAAACCACAUUUGGCUGCUUUUUAUAGCAGCAGCCACUCUGUUAUUUAUCGUUCUGUGAUCUCCUUUUUGCAAUGUCGCUCUCAUUGUUGACAAAGUGAAAUUACUGUUUUCUCCCCAUGACACUAUUGGCACCAGUUGGGGCACUGAGUUGGGGUGAUUAUUCCUUGCUAACUGUUGUUAAAUAUUAAAAGACUGCUUUGAAACAGAAGUCAUGACUAGCAAAGUAUGAAUUGCUAUUCACCCACAUGAGCGGAUGCUACAGCGAAUAAGCCCAAGCGUGUUAACAGUGGAGCGAGAAAGAGCGUUGAUGUGAGGACUAAUUGCCUGGUAGUGACAGUGUGCAGCAGAGUGAACCCACCACUGACUCACACGGACACAUAAUCCACAUAGAAAACUGUGUUGUCCCCCACCCCGGAGGCUUUGAUGAUACCGCUCCCAUCACCUGUGAUGCCAACAAACCUGAGUGGAUUAGGGAGGCUUGAAGAGGAUGAUGGCAACAGGGAGAGCGCAUGACAUCACACCGGUCACCAAGGAGAUGAAAGGUCAGGACCCCGUGUCAACUCUCCAGCUCAGAAUAGAAGAUGAGUCAUGCCUGCAUCAUUGCACCAGCAGCCAAUCAGAAGCUGCCUGUCACAGCGCGCAUCAACGGAUGAAAAGCCAAUCGUGGACCUGCAGUGAAAAAGCACUGAGUUUCUUAUAAGUCUGUGUUUAUUUUAAAUACAUGCAUGACGUAAAAACGAUCAUUUCAUUCAUGCAGUGCGUGUGUCGUUGUCCAGGAGGAGGUGGACACUUACUUUCCAGAAAAGCUGACAGCUGUUUAUAUGUGCUGAUCAAAGCCAGUUGUAAACCGACGAUCUUCCGCCUACUUUACUGACAGACGCUUAUUUACAUCAGGAGACCACAGUUUAACAAUCAGGUUGAUUUAAUGAACACAAACUAACCAACACAAUUCAACAAACUCAUCAAAAUGGGAUUAGCUGUGAUUACAUGAUUUGCAGAUUGUCAUUAAAGGCAUCAUCAUUGAA